AUGUUUACAUUCAAAAAUCAGCAAUUACAAACUCUAUUUCGGAUUGAUUUGCAAGGUUCAGGAAAUCUAUCAAUUGAUACCUGGUAUCAUGUCGGCUUCGUUUAUGAAUAUUCUGCGAUGACCCAAUCCAUCUGUCUGAACGGUGUUUUAGAUGGGAGUCGGUCAUGCGGAACGUACUACAAAGGUACAAGUGGAGAUUUGACAAUUGGUACAACGAACGAUAGUAUAACCACACAAUAUUUUUCCGGACGUAUUGAUCAAGUGUUGCUCACAAUACGAGCGAAAACUGCCACUGAGAUUCUAGAUGACGCAACACUUACUGCCUUUUAUUCGUUCGAUUCUGGUUCAUUUUAUGAUUCAGGACCUAAUAAGAUCAACGGUUUUGGCUUCAAUACUAGUGUUGUGUCAGGAAAAGUAGGACAAGCUAUUCAAUUUGCUCAGAACUAUUCAUAUUUUCAAAUUACAGGACUUCAACUGUUAGGUAUUCCAAAUCAACCAUAUUCAAUUGCUUUAUGGAUUAAGCCGACUGUGUCUGUAAACGGUACCCUCAUUCAUACAUCAAACACGACAACUGGCACAGACUGGUGCAUAGCGAUGUUGAGAUUGGAUGAAGGAGGUCAGAUAAUUGUCUCUAGUUUGAACGGAACCGUGCGGCCUAGUAUUAAUGGGACGGUGAUAAAACCAAAUGUUUGGACACAUAUUGCGCAAACCUAUAGUCCAGACAAUGGACUAACAAUGUAUGUGAAUGGCUCAUGGUACGAAUCCACUGGAAGUUUUGCGUACACCGCGAGUGCUUCGUUUGAUACAAUAACAAUUGGGAAUCCGCUUCUUGACAAUUUGUGCGAAAAGGAUUCCAGUCCAGGACAGUUCUACGGCGCAGUAGACGAUUUUCGCCUGUACUCUAGAGAAUUGUCAGCAGCAGACGUUACCGUACUGGCAAAUCCGUAG